CAAACAGUAUCAAAUAUGUUUACUCAGAAAUAACAAUAGGAGCGGAAAACCACAAACUAUAAAUAGAACUGUGUGCUUCCCAUAUUAAUUUCCUCAUCAUGAGAAGUGGUAAUAACAAUGGAUCUACGGGUUAGUGACGAUAUUCAGGAAGUAAAGAAAGCAAACAGGUCGAUUCUGAAGAAACUGAACGAAAUAACAGACAACGGCACAUCAAAAUAUUGUCAAUGCUCGAAAACCAUUGCACAACUUACAAAUGACCUUGCGCGCCUCAACGAUUCGGUUGAAAAAGUUCGUUUAAAAGAAAGCGCCACAGAGCUGCAAGACGCUGCAUUCGACAAGAGAUUUGCUGGCAUUCAGUCACAGCUAGACAAACUUCACACGUCGGUGCAGGCAUUUUUGGGUCACGGUGAUACUGGUAGCGGUACAGUUGCAAAUUAUAACGUAUCACCUCUUGAAGCCGCAUCCACUGCGACGACCAGACGGAAUGCGAACAAGAACAAACCUGACUCAAAGACCAGCAUAAACAAGGCCCCCACAGAUACCAAAGUUGCAUCAGACAAGGAAACACCACCUCGUGCUCAAGUCGAAAAAACCGACUCUACACCUAGUAGGCAAACGACGACAAAGAACGCAACUAGCAAUGCUGUUAUGCAUGCGUCAUCUGCACGGGAUACAGAUCAUGUAUCGUCCACAUUCGAAAGAAACACGCGCGAUUCCAGGAAUGUGUCAGCCAACAACAGCAAAUCGGAAGGCACCAAAGCAGAACCAUCUUCUUUCAAACCGUCUUCCAAGGUUUUCAAGCCUAACUUCGUAACAUCCCCAAACAGGCCUCAACCACCAGAACAAAGUGAUAAUACAUUUUCCAGCGUUCGCAGACUGAGUCCAUCAGAGGCAAAGGUGAUCAGACAAACAGAAAAAGCGGACUUGAUUGGUGACGAAGAUACAUGGAAGAUCUUGGCACAGCAAGCACUGAAAAAAGGUCAGCAGAUGUGUCGCCAUAUCAAUUGUGUCGUAUCGGUGUUGUGCCUGGAUACAUCAGAGAGCAUGUCAUCAGGGAAUGCGUGGACUCAGGUCAAGGAGUUUGUCUACGAAUACCUUACAGGAUUAACGGAGAUGAAAUCUAGUCAUCCAUUACUGAAGGACGAAUACGUUGCCAUAGCAACCUUCGGCCACAAAACGGAAUUGAAGCUGUUGAUGACGAACAAUUAUGACGAAGUUCAACAGGAAAUAGAUGGAAUAGCUUUGGGCGGACCGAGUCCUCUUUAUGGAGGGCUGUAUAUGGCGUUAGCAGGAGCGAUGUCUUCGCUCAAUGCCAGACCGUCAAUCAACGGCAUUACUAUUUCACCGAAGAUCAUCGUACUUACCGACGGUCGACCGACGGAUCUCAUGUUGAAUGCCGGACCGGACAUUGCCGACGAAAGUAAAAUGAAUCACACAAUGGCGCAUUUGACUGCAGCAGUGGAAGAAAUUAGCAACAGGGACCAUUCCCUGUUUUUUGUCGGCGUCGGAGAUUAUGACAAGAACUUUAUAGAAAACAUGACUGCGGUUCUGGAGUCGAAGAAAACGUACACGUACAGAGAAGGGCGCCGUCUGGCUCGUCGUCAUUACCUGGCCACUCAGACUGAUCUUUUAGGGCUGUCGUUUCUUGUGCCUCUCGGUAACCGACCAUCCACCAGCGAAGAUGCGGAAGAUAUGAAGGAAAUUCGUGACGAGGCAAUGCGAAAAGUGGGUGGCAAUCAUUAUCGAGACAGCGACGAUCCGACCCUACCCCGGCUUGGUACCCGGGUGCGUAGAGGGUCCGACUGGAUGUGGAACAAUCAGGACAGUGGAGGGCCGGGAACCGUCGUAGGGCAUUCUCUUCCAGCACAAGUGUGGGUGACAUGGGACAUAAAUGAACAGACGAACGUUUACCGGUAUGGACUGCUCGGUAAUGACGUAGUUCCGGUGGAUGAGCCCCGCGAACUGAUCCAAGGAGAAAAAAUCGCAGUGGGCUGUGUAGUUAAACCAGGUCGAGACAACUCUUCAACAGGUUUGAACUCAGAAAACGUCGGAGUUGUGCUCAGAAUAGAGAACGCGAAGGCCUUAGUUAAGUGGGACAACGGAAGGAAAGGGAACUAUAGUUACGGUUUGGACGGCAAGACCGAGGUGGAAGUCUGUUCCAGGGCAGCAUUCAGAGGUCAAGGCUUCACAAUUCAGGGCAGUUCUAACGGAGCAAAUGAAAUGAAUUUUGGCAACAGUAACAUUAACAGCAACAGCAAUAUCAACAUCAUCAGAGGAAGAAACAAUGUUCCUCAAUGUCCGCAACAAUGAAGUCUUUCACUAAAAAUGAUGAACAAACGAGUUUCAUUGUAUGUAAUGGACUUGCAUCGCUGAUGAAUAUUGUUCAAAUGCCACUUUGAUGCGGACAAUACAAAAUGCAAAUACGGUUUGUACUUGAUUGGGGUCAGUCGUGUUUUUCGAUGCAGACUGUAGAGGAUUCGUUACUCGUAUAAAUCUAUUUAACACAAUUCGUAUUCGAUUGUAAAUUUAAAAUGUUACUUGUUUAUGGUAUAUGUGUAGAUAAACGCUUUCUUGUUUAUUGAUGAACAUUUCAUAAAAAUGGUGACGGAAAGAAAUAAACGCCGGCUUAAAAAAUGGACGCCAUAUAAUUUGUUUUACUGAUUAUUCAAUGACUUCUGCUUUAUGGGCACACAUGCCUGGAAUGCUUUGUUAUGAUUUGGUUAAAAGUGAGAGUGCUUGAAGUGCAUGGCUCGAUUCGGCUGUUUAUUGAAAUUUCCUCUAUUUUAUGUAAACAAUGUGUGCAGAAAGUUUGGGUUCAAUUUUAUAAAAAAAAACAACUGUUAAAGUAAGAGCGUAAAGGGCGCAUUUUGCAUUGUUUUGUACAAAGGUAAUAAUGUGAAUAACCUGAUUCGAACUGCCGAUUUAUCUAUCUUUGAGGCUCUACUUUACGUAAAGAAACUAGUUCAGAAAAGUUGGUAAAGAUUUCGAUGAAUGCUGUAUGAGUUAGAAACGGAAACGGAAAAUUUCGCAGUGUUUACAUAAAUGAUGGAAUAUCUCUGAUGUGCCUGAUACAAAUUUGCAUUUUUCAAUCUCUGCUUCAUUUCAUAUCAGCAAACAUAUCCAGAUUUGGUUUUGAUUUGAUAACAACUGUUCGACUUACAUAGCAGAAACGGCGGAAGUCGCUUUUGUAUAUAAAAGGCAACCACUAGAAGUGCCCCAUGCAAAGGGUUGGUAAGCAAAUGUGGCCUCCAUUUUAUGCCAGCAAACAUUUACAGUCAGUUUAAUAAAGAUUCGAGGAAAACUGUUCGACUACGAGAGCGAAAAUUCGCUCGCCCAAACGCUCCGUCCGCCCAUUCGCCAAGGCUGUUCCCAAAUUACGUCCCGUCAAGAUAAGGGCGUAUAAAGGGGCUUUUUUGUUUAAAAAAAUGUCACUAAGUACAUUUGUAUUAUAACUUUCAGAUCUAAAAUGUUUUAACAGUCUUAACUAAUUCUUAUAGCAAGACAACAGUUUGAUAAAACAUAUUGCCGUCCGAAAAAAUAUAACGGAGCCGUAAACUAUGUUAGCAAAAUCAGGUGCGACAUUACUGCGUCAUACAGGCUACAAAUAGCGGAACAUAUACACUAUGUUUGUAAUUCAUGUUGCUUGUUUAUACAACUUGUUUGUACAUAUUGUGUACAUUGUUGUUGAAUCUAUAACAAGUACUUUGAAAAUCGUCAUUUUACCAAACUGGGAACAGUCCAUUGAAAUGAAUUACUUGUCCAAUAUUUAAUUAACAUUUUAUACCAUUUGUUUAAUAAUAUAUACUCUGUGAUUAUGAAAAAUAACACUCAGUUCAAUGUUUGUACAAAGAUUUUCAGAUCGUAAGAUAAAAAUAAAUUCUAAUGAGAA